AAAAGUUGGGGUUUUCCCUAGCUUCGAUUUAUCGCGGUGUCCGAGAAACACCCGAGGCGAUGAUUUCUCGUAUUCUACGAAUGUGAUACAUAAAUACGAACACGAAGAACUAAGCUACAUUCUUGUGCUGAUCCUCGUGCCGUGUGCUUCAUACAAUUAUUGGUACCAAAGCCACAUAAAAUGAAAUUCUUCGUAGUUUUCGUUGCCCUUAUCGCGGCCACAGUUGCUCAACGUCCAACUUAUGCAGGGAGUCGGCCUAUAGGACGCCCUGAUUUAGCAAGUCGUUUCAAAGAUCCUGAAGAACAAUCUACAGUGGCUGUUUACAACAGAGUUGGUGAAGAUGGUGGUACCACAGCUCGAAUUCCUGUCGAUGCUCGUGGUGAUGGUCAACUAGUGGACAGACUGAACCAGUGGCCAAGAGAACACAGACCUUUUUGGCUUCUCAAUGCUGAUCACAUUGAAGCUUCCAGAAACCAACAAAAUGUCGAAACAAGAUCUGGAUUUAAUAUCAAUAGCGAGGGUGCCAGACCUAUAAGACCAGCCGAACAAAGAUCGUCAUUUUUGGGGCCGCUGAACUCAACUUCGAAAUGAUUCUGUGAUACUUAAUGACUGUUAACAUAAAUAUUCCAAUAAUUAUGUAUGAGUUUUGUUGUUUUUUUAAAUGUUCAUAUUGAUAAUGACAAUAAAAAAAUCAUGUACACAAAAA